UAUCAGAACUUGGCAAAGGCAGGAGGAAAAGAGAAUGUGUAUUUAAUUAUCAGUCAUUUCUUUUCACGCUAUUGCGCUUGUUAGGUUCACAUUAUCGUUACGCCCGUUAACAAUGUCCCGAUUGUCAUAUACCUACAGAGGUCUCAUUGUCCCAGUGUUAACACCUUUUAAUAAUGAUAGAUCUCUUAAUUUGGACAUUAUACCAAAAUAUGCAACAUAUCUGGCAAAAAAGGGAAUUAAUGGUAUACUCGUCAAUGGUACAAGUGGUGAGGGACCAUCAAUGUCUGUCACUGAAAGAAAAUUCGUUACUGAAGCUUGGGUAAAAGCGACAAAAAGUACAAAGCAACACUUAAUGAUUCAAAUAGGAGGUGCUCCUCUUCCCGAUGUUAUCGAGCUUGCAAAUCAUGCAGAGUCUCUGCGUGUAGAUUCUAUACUCUGUUUACCAGAAUUAUAUUUCAAGCCUACUACUCCUCAACAGCUAAUUGAAUACUUGGAGAGAAUUGGAAAGGCAGCACCAAACACUCCAUUAUUAUACUAUCAUAUUCCUAUGUUAACCAAUGUUAAUAUACACAUGGGACAAUUCCUUGAAUUAAUUGAUGAUAAAAUACCAUCAUUUGUGGGUAUAAAGUUCACUAGUGCCAAUUUAGAAGAGGGUGCGCAAGCCUUACAUGCCAAUAACCAGAAAUAUGUUAUUUUUCUUGGUAACGAUAAGUUAGUGAACGCUGCAUGUGCACUGGGAAUGGACUCCUUCAUAAUGACUAGCCUAAAUUUGUUUCCGGAACUUAUACUGGAUAUUCUUGCUGCUAGCAAAAAUGGAGAUAUGUUAAGAGCUAAGAAUAUGCAGCAGAAACUUUCAAGCACUAUUCUUCUUAUAACAAAACACGGCAAUUGGGUGCAGACUAUGAAAACAGCAAUGAAUCUUCUUACUGAGAUUAAAGUAGGACCACCUCGUGCACCACUUACAUCUAUUUCUUCUGAUGCUGUAGCAACUAUGAUAACUGAUUUAACAAAUCUAGGAUAUAAGCCAAAAAUUUAAGCCUGAUGAAAAAUAUUUUAUUACUCUUAUACACUUUAUGCUGAGUAUUUUAUUUUUCAUAAAAGAUUAUCUGUAAAAUUAUUGUGUAAACAUAAAAAAUAAUAUAAAAAGAUAUCUAAAAAUUAAUAAUGCAGCACAAAAGAUGCUAAUUAACAUAAAAAUUAAAAUAAAUGAAAGAAGCAAAUUGUAUUUUUCUAAUAUUAAUUACAUAAAAAAAUAAAUUUAUACAAAAUCUAAAAA